UGUCAGUUUGUUAUCUGUUUUAAUAUAGAGUCGUGGUCAAAAUUCUAAAGAAAUUAAAAACGCAAAACUAUUUAGCCAAAUAAAAAAUGAGCUUCGUUAAUCGAUCUCGUCAGCUAGUAGUUCGUGCUCUUCCAAACUUAAGAAUGUAUUCCGGUGAGCCUGGCUCUGGCGCUGGCAAGGGUGGCGGUGGUGGUGGAUCCAUUAGAGAGGCUGGUGGUGCCUUCGGCAAGAUGGAGGCAGCUCGUGAGGAUGAGUACUUUUAUAAAAAACAAAAGGAGCAAAUCGCAAAUUUGAAGUCUCACUUACAUAAGGAGAUUUCUUUCCAUGAAGAUCAAAUCAAACGCCACGAGGAUGCCAUCAGGCGCCACAAAGAGCAGAUGUCCUCAAUGGAUAAUAAAUAAAUGAUACAUUUUGUUUGCAAUACAGAAUAUUGCUGACAAACUUAUUUGAACUUAAAUAAUUAUGUGUAAAACAUUAAAUGUACUUCUGCUUUUAUUUUGUUUAGUUUCUAGACUGAAGUUGCAAUAAAGUAAAAUAUCU